GUCCGUAUGAGCCAUUCAUUCGGUUGGUCGGCUCGCGAUCGCACAGCCGGAGACCGAAUCGGAUAAGCUCGCCGGAGUAAUCGCCGCCGAUGCCACCGCCGCCGCCGCCGCUCCUCUUGGCCGCGGCCGUUCUCGCUUCGGCGGCGGCGGCACUCGCUGACCCUCCUCCCCCUCCGUCCCCGACGCCGUGGCCGGAGCGGUUCCACGCGGUGCUUUUCACGAACCUGACCCAGACGAGCGGCGGCGGGAAGCUGCAGAUGACCGACCUCUACUACGACUGGCCUGGGGGGCGCAACCUCAACCUCGUCGCCGGCCAGCUCUCCGGCGACCCGGUCUACGACGUCGAGUGGACCAACGGCACCUCCUACUACUUCGACUCCGCCUCCUGCCGCACCUUGCUGUUCCCCGUCGGCAUCCUGCCCCCCGACUGGCUCGCCGCCGGCGCCGCCUACCUCGGCCGCGAGGCCGUUGACGGCUUCGACUGCCACGUCUGGACCAAGGUCGACUUCAUCUGGUACUACGAGGACGUCGUCACCCACCGCCCCGUCCGCUGGAACUUCUACACCGGGAUGCAGCAGCAUGUGAUGAGCUUUGAGGUGGGUGGAGCCCUAGAGGAUUCCAAGUGGCAGGCACCGGCAUACUGCUUCAACGAUCAAGAAGCCGCCACAAAUUCCGACACCGCCAACGACAAUGAAGACGGUGAGGUCGAUGCGAUGAGCAGCCUCCUCAAGUUCUUCAGGGCUCAGCAAACAGCCGUGGCAGCAGUAUGACUAUGAGCAAGACUUAUCACUUAUGAGAAUCUUACUUCCUCCGUUUCAUAUUAUAAGACUUUCUAGCAUUAUCUACAUUCGUAUAUAUGUUAAUAUUAACAUCUACAUGAAUAUGGGUAAUGCUAGAAAGUUAGGGGCUGUUUGGAUGACUUCCCUAGUUUACCACAAAAUAUUUGGCAAAGUGUGGCAUGCCAUACAUUGUAUAGCUAAGAAUUUGUUGGCCACAAUCGUGGCAAGUUAUGGCAAAAAAAAAUUACUCAAUGACAAGUGGGCUAGCUUGCUAAAAAAUUGUGGCAUAACUCACUUGUGGCAUGAAACAACCACUAGGCUUAAUUGGUCAAACUUGAUUGCCACAACUUUGGCAAAGGUUGGCACUCAACCAAACAACCCCUUAUAACCUGAAACGGAGGUAGUAGCAAUUAUCCAUUGGCGGUCUGGUCCAGUCUGUUCUUGGAUCAUGUUGUAAUAAUGCAUAAAAAGCGUUUAUGUAUAUACUCCCCUUUUAUGUAACCAAGCUCAUAUAUUAGAGGAUGGAGGUGCAAUAAGUUCGCAAGUGAUGAAUCUCAAAAUAAAAACAGUAAGGACAAUGCAGAGUAACAUACUGAUGGUAUGUAUGUAAUCACGACCAGAAAAUUUUUGAA